CUGUUUUUGUUCGAAGAAUUUUUGAUGAAGCUUGAACAUAUUUGCAGGAAUUGAUUUUGGGUGGAACUGAUUCAACUGCUGUUACUCUUACAUGGGCACUCAGUCUGCUAGUACGAAAUCCUCUUGCAAUGGAAAAGGCUAAAGAAGAAAUAGACAUGCAAAUUGGGAAAGAUGGAUACAUAAGAGAAUCAGACAUAAGCAAACUUGUGUAUCUUCAAGCCAUAGUGAAAGAGACAUUAAGAUUGUAUCCACCAGCACCUCUUUCAUCACCUCGUGUAUUCAUAGAAAACUGCAUCUUAGGUGGCUACCACAUAAAAAAGGGAACUCGACUAAUGCAUAACCUGUGGAAGAUCCACAGAGACCCUAGUGUUUGGUCAGAUCCUUUAGAAUUCAAACCAGAAAGGUUCCUCACCACUCACCAACAUGUGGAUCUUAUUGGUCGACAUUUUGAGUUGUUACCCUUUGGAAGUGGGAGAAGAAUGUGUGCUGGAAUGUCCCUUGGCUUAAACGUGCUUCAUUUCACUUUGGCUAAUAUGUUGCAUUCCUUUGACAUCUCAAAUCCUUCGACCGACCCUGUUGAUAUGACUGAGUUCUUUGGAUUUACCAACACCAGAGCUACUCCACUGGAGGUUUUGGUUAAACCACGUCUAUCUCCAAACCGUUAUCAAGCUUUGUAAUCCUUAUGUUCUGUA